AAGUCAACACUCCUGGCCUCCUUGGGUCUACCGUUUCCCAUAUCGCAUCACAAGUGGCCAAGCAGAUCGGAAGAAUAUAGUAUCACAUGUGGCGCAAGCAGCAAAUCAUCAAGACAUAUAAACAAGUCAUCAACUGCUUCUCCAACCUCCAGCAAGGCAGUGCGCCGCUCUAUAGAAGUAGCACGGCGCAGCCAGAGGCAGCCAUGUCCACGGCAGUCCAUCUUCUUACCUCCUAAUUCACUAGCAACCGCUCAAAUGGAAAGCGCAUCCGUGAAGCAGAUCGUUGUUCUGUACCCCGUGGGCGGCAUCGGGCACGUCGGCCCCAUGACGCAGCUCGCCAAGGUCUUCCUCGACCAUGGCUACGACGUCACAAUGGUGCUCAUCGAGCCGCCGAUCAAGUCGACCGACUCCGGCGCCGACUUCAUCGAGCGCGUCGCCGCCCCCUACCCGUCCAUCACCUUCCACGUCCUCCCGCCGAUCCCACCCCCUGACCUGACAAGCUCCACCAAGCACCCUUUCUUACUCAUACUGGAGCUGAUGCGCCGGUACAACGACAAGCUCGAGAGCUUCCUCCGCUCCAUCCCGCGGGAGCGCUUGCACUCCCUUGUCAUCGACCUGUUCUGCACCCAUGCCAUCGACAUUGCCACGAAGGUGGGCGUCCCCGUCUACAAGUUCUUCGCCUCGGGCGCCGGGACUCUGGCCGUCUUCACCCAGUUGCCGGCGCUGCUCUCCUGUAGGCAAACGGGCUUGAAAGAACUUGGGGACACGCCCCUCGAGUUCCUCGGGGUCCCGCCCAUGCCGGCGUCCCAUCUCGUCAAGUCGCUGCUGGAGAAUCCGGAGGAUGAGCUGUGCAGGACCAUGAUGAAGAUCUUGAAGCGCAACGCCGACACCCACGGCGUUCUGGUCAACACGUUCGAGUCCCUGGAGAGCCGGGCCCUGCAGGCGCUCAGGGAUCCCCUGUGCGUUCCCGGCCAGAUUCUGCCUCCGGUUUACCCCAUCGGGCCGUUGGUCGGCAAGGGCGGGACGGACAAGGAGAAGCACGAGUGCCUCGCGUGGCUCGACGCGCAGCAAGAGCGCAGCGUCGUGUUCCUCUGCUGGGGGAGCAAGGGCGCGCUACCCAAGGAGCAGCUCAUGGAGAUCGCCGUUGGCCUGGAAAACUCAGGGCAACGGUUCCUAUGGGUGGUGCGCACGCCGGCCGGCAGCGACGAACCCAAAAGAUACUGGGAGCAGCGCGCCGAGGCGGACCUGGGUGCGCUCCUGCCGGAAGGGUUCUUGGAGCGGAUCAAGGGCCGUGGCCUGGUGAUCAAGUCAUGGGCACCGCAGGUCGAUGUGCUCGGCCACCGAGCUACAGGCGCGUUCGUCACCCACUGCGGGUGGAACUCAACACUGGAGGCUGUAGCAGCGGGGGUGCCGAUGCUGUGUUGGCCACUAGCGGCAGCAGAGCAGAAGAUGAACAAGGUCUUCAUCACCGACGACAUGGGGAUCGGAGUGGAGAUGGAGGGGUACAAGGCGGGUUUCAUCAGGGCCGAGGAGAUAGAGGCGAAGGUGCGGCUGGUGUUGGAGUGCAAGGAGGGGAGGGAGCUUAGGAAACGAGCAAUUGAGCUGAAGAAAGCAGCACAGGAGGCGAUGGAGGACGGUGGCUCGUCGCGCGCGGCAUUCCUCCAAUUCCUGUCAGAUGUUAAGAAUCUUAGAGAAUAGCGUCCGGACUCCGGACUCCGGACAGACGGAUUCGCAACCGCUCUUGGCGUUAAUGUUUGUCUCUGCUGUCCAACUCUUUUGGUCAAUCCCCGUGUACUCUGCCUGUUUUGUUGGCCGAGGAACUAGCAGCUUGAAUUGAAGGAACGAUGGCCAAUGGUGCUGUACUUUGACCGUGAUACCGCUAAGGUCUCGAGCAUAUUCAGGCACAUCAUUUUAUUGUGCAA